AUGGACGGAAACAAUGAUUUGCCGCCUGAAGAGCGACCAAAUGUUGUAAUAGAUGCUGAAGACUGUAUCCAAAUUCUGCAUUUAUUGGUUUUGAUGUACGUAGGCAGACAAAGAAUCGUUCUAACACAUAGAGCAAUGCGAUUCCCGUUACUAAGGUACCUCACGUUUCGGAACUUUCCCAGACGGGGCCUUCCGGAUAUCCGUGAUUUCGUCAACGCUGGUUUUUAUUAUGCAGGAAAUGGUGACACUGUUUUUUGCCAUCGGUGUGGUUUUAGUAAAGGUAACUGGGUUGCAACAGACAGUCCUUUUGAAAUUUAUCGUCGGCAUGCUCCUCUUUGUAUUUUUUACCAAAAUAACAACGUCGUGAAUUUUCACUCCGUCUUCAAUCUUCCUAGAACUAGAGAAACAGCUCGAACAGUAAAUAGAGAGAACUUGCGUGGUCCAUAUCCUGAAUCAAAUGAAGUCAGUUUCGAAGAGCAAACGAUUGAGCAAACUGAACUACCUAUAGCUAACCUACCAGGAUACGAAGGGGGCGUUCCUAGACGGGUAUUCCCAGAAACUUCUUCUAUUUUACAGGCUGGGACAAACUCUUUUGCUAACGAUAUGGGUGUUCACAUUAGGCAAAUUAGAUCAAUGUAUUCACGUAGGUCGGAUAUCGCCGACCCGAUAAACGAAAGUCUAUUUCAUGGAUUUUCGCAUUAUGAUCACAUGAGAAGUGUACAAAAUACUGAUUAUGAACAAGGGAUGGAUAAUGAAAUGCUCGCUGUCAUAGAAGAUAGUUUAGAUUCAAACAAUAACAAUACCGAAAGCAAUGUAGCACAAAAUUUCAAUAUUUUUUGGACAAAUCAGACAGAUCAAAAUGAAACAGCAAGAAAGGUGCCAGUUGGUUUUGAAAAUGAGACUUCGAUUGCACAUUUUACGGUACCAUCUCCUGAAGAUUUUGCAUCAGGUAACCCAAAUGCUUCUUUGGCAUACAAGUACGAAUGUUUUCCGCAUAGAAUAGAUCAAACAGCAUCCGAUUCGGAAGAUAUAUCGACUAUGUUUGUAGACUUUUCAGAUGAUUCUAUACAACGUUGUUGUAGUUCAGACGAUGACAAUCAGUUCAUAAAAAUCAUAGAGGAUCCAUCCAUGGUACCAGAAAGGUCAGCUUUUGAUAACCAUGGCUCAUGUGCACAGGAACUAGUUCAAAUAUCAACUAACUCGAAAGAGGAUGACAAAGUGGGAAACUUAGGCAAAGGAAGUCUGCAAACUUAUCAACAAAGCAUUACAAUGGGUAGUAACGAGAACAGUGAUAUGCGUGUCGCAAGAAAUCAACAGAUCUUGCAAAAGACAACUCUUGUUAAUGACAAAGCUGAAAUAAAUACUCAGCACUCAGAACAACAAUUGAAUGGUGAAAGCAACAUCGGUUAUAGCUGUAUUGACGAACAUGAAGAUGUAGACCAAAUAAACCAUAGCAGUGUUAGCGAUAUAGAUGAUGAUGCCAGUUCAAAUACAGAGAACAGACCUGAAAUCUGCGAGCAUCACCAAGCAAAUGAUGUAAUUUCACACGAAAUUAAUUCAAAAGAGUCUAAUGCUGAAAUUAGUGGAAUUCCAUUUUCAAGAGCGAUUGCAUUGCCCCUUGAACAAGACGAAACACCAAAGACAACUUUAGCAGAAACGGAUUCACAAGAUGCAAGAGAAAGCGCAGAGCAAAGGAACGAAAUAUUGGCAAGUGACAACGUAUUUACUGGUCAACCUGAUCAAGACGAAAUUCAAAAGAAAAUAAACAGCACCUCUGAAGCAAACAUGACAAAUCCCGACAGUGAAAUGGCCGUGUCAAACAAAGAUAUCACAAAUGGAGAAGAAUGUUCAGCAGCAGAUGAAGCGUCAGAAAUUAUUUGUAAUACCAACGCUACUAAUCAUGAGGUUCGUACAACAGAGAAAGAAAACAUAUCUGUUGUUGAUACAUGCACAGGAAACCCAGACCACUUACCAGGCAACUUCCACGCUCAACAAUCAUUCAACAAAGAAAUGUAUAGGAAAAACAUUCCAACAACUAUUGCAGGACCUGGAAGUAAAUCAACUAAUUGGACUGAACCUAAACCUGAAGUUCUAUCAGAAAAGAAAAUGGGCGAAACGGUCGUCAAAAUACGCCAAGGAAAUCAAAAUGAUACAGGACUCAGAUUCCAUUUAACACACUGUGUGGAUAAUAGAAUAGAUAGGACAGAAGAGGACACUCCAACAUCUAUUGUGAACGAAGACCUCACGAAAUUUGAAGAUAUGUCUACUUGUUCAUAUACGACAGACUUUGCUGACAGGGAGCCGGAUUCUGGACAAUCCUUUGAAAUGAAAAAAGGCAUGUGUGCAGAUUUUAUACAUUACUAUUUAGGUUAUCAUAUACUAGUAUAGUUUGUAAAUGCAAGUGGAUAUCUUUCUUCAGAAAAUAGUUU